AUGCUUCUCUGGUGUUUUAUAGUCAUUUAAAUAAUUGAUCCAGGAAGACCAAAAAAGUAAAUUGACAGAUUAAGAUAGAGCAGAUGAAUAUAGUUAAUCGCCAUUUUCAAAGAAAGGAUUUUGUCAAUAAUGUAAAUGUCCAAAACCUGAACGUUGCCAUGUAUAAUUUCAAAAAUAUAUUUUCAGCAUUGCUCAAUUUGUGAUCGUUGUGUUUUAUAAAUGGAUCAUCAUUGUCCAUGGAUAAAUACAUGUGUUGGUUAUUAAAACAGAAAAUAGUUCAUAUUGCUCUUAUUUUACGCAUUGUUAUUUAAUUUUAUAACAAUUGUAAGCACAACUAAAACUUAUUUGCUUUCAUUUUAAUUUUCAUUUUUAAACAUGAUUUAUGCUUUGAUUUGUAUUGGUAAUUAUGUAUUAGUAUUUUUACUUUUUGGUUUUCUAAAAUAUCACAUUGAUUUAUUAUAAAAAAAUCAAACUACACUAGAAGAUUUAAUUAGUAAAAACAAUUAAAUACUAUUUAAUCUAUAUGAUAUAGAUCCAUAUACAAAUUUUUGCUAGAUAUUUGGAGAUAAUAAAAUUUUAUGGUUAUUUCCAAUAUAUACUGCUAUUGGAUGUGAUGAUGGAAAUUUAUUUCCAAAAAAUGAAUAUAAAGUAAUGUAAACACCUUCUCCAUAAGUAAUUUCAGUGUAAGAAUACAAUUUUAUAAUAGUUUAUAUGAACAAUAAUAAAUAAGCAGUGAUAAAAAUAAAAAUGAGCAUCCAAUUAUACAAACUAUAUAUAGAAGAGAAAUGGAGAAGUAAAAGAUUAAUGACAUUAUUAAAAAUUGA